AUGGACACUAUCGAGGAGUGCGGCGAUGGAGGCCGCCACCUGCUGGGCGGCCUCGGCUCCAGGAUCCUCGUCGGCGUGCCGGACAACUCCCGCGGCUGCUCGGAGCUGCUGUCGUGGGCGAUCGGCGCCGUCGCCAAGGCCAGCGACUCCGUCGUCGCCGUGCACGUCCUCGGAGGGAGUGGGAGGAAGAGGAGGCUGCAGAAGGCCAACGCCUUCGUCAUCUACAUGCUCGGCGAAUUCGUCGAAGCUUGUGAGGCCAAGCAGAUUAAUUUGGAGGCUAAGGUGGUAUGCAGCUCAAACAUUGGUAGAGCCCUCACCCAAGAAGCUGCAUUGACUGAUGGAAACAUCCUUAUUGUUGGGAGAUCAAGAAAUGGAUACCAUAGGAGCCAUUUUGAGAUUGCAAACUACUGCUUCAUGCAUGCUCCAAAAAACUGCUCGGUGAUUGCUGUGGGAAGGGGAGGUCUGCCACAAACUAGUACUCGGCUGAGACCUCGGUCAUUUGAUGACAGCACCAUCUCCUCAAGCUCAACAUGGAGCAGAAGAUUCCCAUCCCUUCAGAAGCUACUGAGAUCAAACUCGACACGAAAGCUGGCUCAAUCUUCUAAUGAAGGCGCCGAGGACAAGAGCUCGCCGAGAGCAGUUCUGGAUGGGCCAGAGCCAGAGGGAGGGGAGAGCCAAGUCACUGAAGAGUGCUACAUCACGUCUAGCCAUGAGGUGAGCCGGCGUGGCCACAAUGGCCUGUGGAGGCGGUUGUCAGACAUGAAGCUCUGGCUCCCAUUCCUGAGGAACAUUGGCGAUGAUAGCGCCAGGGGCAGCGAUGUCAGUUCGGCCUAUGCUGAAGAUCACAAGCCUGCCUGGAGGUGCUUCAGCUUUCAGGAGAUCUCAGUGGCCACUAAUGACUUGCAUCCAGAUAACAUGGCUGGAAGAGGAGGCUAUGCAGAAGUAUACAAGGGCACCCUGUCUGAUGGCCAACAUAUAGCUGUGAAGAGGCUAGCAAAAGGCACGCCCAGUGAGCAGAAGGAGAAAGAGUUCCUGGCAGAGCUAGGGAUUCAGGGGCAUGUAUGUCAUCCAAACACAUCAUACCUUCUUGGAUGCUGCGUUGAGAAUGGGUUGUACCUGAUAUUCGAGUUCUGUGCAAAUGGCACCCUAGCAUCGGCACUGCAUGGGAAGAGUGGGAAAACUCUUGAGUGGCCUCUGAGGUACAAGAUCGCGGUCGGUGUAGCGAGGGGCUUGCAAUAUCUGCAUAUGUUUUGCAGGCAUCGGAUCAUCCAUCGCGAUAUCAAGGCAUCCAAUGUGCUUCUUGGCGAUGACUUUGAACCUCAGGCAAAGCCACUGCUGGAAGCUGGGCAAGUGACUCAACUUGCAGACCCAAACCUCGGAGACGACUAUGACAAAGAUCAACUGAACAGGAUGGUUGCCGUCGCAUCUCGCUGCAUUAUGCGACCGGCGAUGUGGCGGCCUUCAAUGGCCGAGGUUCUGCAUUACCUGUCUACUACUGAUGAGUGUCUGAAGGAACCCGAGAAAUGGAACAUUCCCGAGGACGAGGUGGACGACAUGGAUGAUUGUACAUUGUUUUCUGAAUCUUGA